AUGUCUCGAUACGCAAUCGGCACGAUGGUGUAUGUUCCCGACUGGAACAUCCCUGGCCUCAAUCUGUGCGGCAAUCAUCCGGCAAUCAUCAUCAACAGGCUCCCAGGCGACAGAUACUUGAUCAUGAUGAUGACCACUUUCAACGGUCUCGAUGCGGCAACCGGCGCCCGGCGUCUCGGAAAGAGGGAAGAGAACUACGUCCCGAUGGCCAACCGGGGCGUCUUCACUCGAGACGGAAGGCCCAUACUUCAGCCGACCGCAGACAGUCACUGGCUUGAGAAGCAUGGCUUUAUCGACGCCAGCGAGAUACACAAUGUCGAGUCGAGGUAUUUGCAACCUCUCAACGGUCAGCUGAGGGUAAGGCUUGAUGCUAAAUCGUUCCAGCGGCUCCUUGCUAUACACCGCGAACUCGAGCGGAAGCGAUUGACGGAGAGCUUAUCAACCGUGCCGAAAGGCACGACCAAGAUGAGAGCCGAGAUCCAAGCGGCGUUCAAGGCACAGGUCGCUGAGUCCAGGGCAAAGACGCAGACACUUGCCGCUGGCUCGUAG